AGUCACUAAAAAAAAAUGUCAUUAUAAAUAUAACCUAACUUUUUGUUUACAUAAAAUAAUGAAAAAUGCACUAAUAUUUGUGCGUUCAUUUUAUCAAUUGUUGGAUCAAUCACAAGGCCAAGUACGGAAGAUGUUAAUACAUUAUUUACCUUAUCAGUAAAUACACUAAAAUUCGCCUGAAACCUAUAUAAAAUAAAAUAUCCGAUAUGAGAAGUACUUGUAAUUUGUGCCUGCUAAAGAGCAGUAUUACCAAAUGUAAUCUAUGUGAAAUGGCGCUCUUUAAACAGUCCAUAUUAAAAAUUAAAACGUUCGUAUUUACUGACAUCGAGACCACCGGUUUACCAACGUAUGAAUUAAAUCGCACGAAGAUAACCGAACUCAGUUUAAUCGCUGUUCAAAGCGAUCAUUUACGUUUGGGGGUCUUCCCUCGAGUACAAAAUAAACUAAAUUUAUGUUUUAACCCAUGUAAAAUGAUAAGUCCCGAUGGAGAGACCAUAACUGGUCUCUCGAAUUUCCUUCUGGAAAACAACUCUCGAUUUUCUAAAGAAAUAGUAGACAUGAUGAACAUAUUUUUGAGCCAGCUACCUCAACCGGUCUGCUUUGUUGCACACAACGGGUUUAAAUUCGACUUCCCGAUUCUUAGAUUGGAAAUCGAUAAAACAAAGUCGUCACUACACGAAGACUUGCUGUGCGUAGAUUCCUUAAUUUGCUUUAGGGAAUUAUUAAGUGCUGUCGCCUGCGAAGAUUACGACAGCAACAUUGAAAACGAUCCAGCAAAACCUACCACUUCUUACAACUCGUACAUCAAUGAAGCCCAACGGCUCAACGAAACAACUCCACAGAAACAAAUGAUCGCAAAUCAAAAUGGAGAAUCCUCCAAAAGAAUGAAACUAACCGGCGCUAGGAGAAAUUUAUUCAGCGAGAAAUAUAAAUUAGGUGAUGUAUUUACUCGACUGACUAACGAAGAACCCGUAAAUUCUCAUCAAGCCGAAGGGGAUGUUGUAAUGUUGAUCAAAUGCGCUGCUACAUUAGGAGAGAAAUUUAUCAAUUGGGCCAAUACAAAAGCCACUAAAUUCAGCGAUAUUGAUCCGUUAACAGCCGGUAUAUCGAUCAGAAAAUGAUUUUUUAAUUAUAUUUUAUACAAUAUUUGUUUUUUAUGUCUAUUGACUUGUAAUUUUAAACUGUUUAUACAAUAUUUUAGCUCUUUUUUGUCUUAACAUUGUAUUAUAC